AUGAAUUUCAAAACGUGGCUCAAGCCUUCGUCGGUGGUGAGUAAAAGCUCCAUCAUGACCAUGGUGGAAGGCUUCACCUCCAAGUACAAGUUGAAUUUAUAUGAGAGUUCGGUUUGUUCCUUUCUCAAAUUCAUACACAAGGAAGAUGAAGACAACAAUGAGAAUUUUGAGCAAUGGCUCAAAGACAAGUAUGGCGAUGUCAUGCUCGUGAACUUUACAAGACAAUACUUUUCGAAUCCGAAUGAUAUUACUGGAGCCACAGAGAGUGCAAACAUUACCGAGAUUGCUACUCUCUCCUCCAUCUCACAUUUCGAAAGAAUUACCUAUCUUUUCGAAAUGUGUAAAACCAUGUAUAACUUUAUUACCAAGACGACAAAACAAGGAGUGAUUGUGGUCGUGGCUAACGCUCAAUAUACUUGUUUUGCCUUGCUUUUAAUCUCUUCUUUCCUAACUUAUAUUGAAGACAAUGAAUUUAGAUCCAAGAGAAUGUACAGAACCACACUAGAGGCCUAUUACGAAUUGAAGAAAUUUGUGACAGAGAAACCGAUUUCCAAAGUCAUUGGAUCUUUCUUUACGAAACAACAAUUGGACACUUUGACUAUCUAUGAGCCAAGUGUUGUUCGUUAUUGUAAAUUCUUUAAUUAUUUAACCAAAGUUUCACUUCCUGAGGUAGAAAUGAUGUCUCUCGAAAGUAUUUCUCUUUCCACACUUGAUGUUUUCAAAAAGGAUGCCAACAGAAAAUUGACACGACCAGCUCAAGAAGAGCUUCUUUCCUUCUCAGAUCCAUUUAACCCUUCCAAUAUUUAUUUUGUGAUCAAACAAAACAACCAAAUUAUUUAUUCCACUUAUGGCAUGCAAGCCGAGUACAUUUCCAAUCCUUCCAAGAAGCAAUUAGAAGGACCUCACUAUCAAUUCACCAUUCAGAAGAACGCUUGCAAACUCAUUGGCGAUUUCAUCUUGUUUGGUUAUCAAAUGGAUGAACUAGGUGCAAUUCAACAACUCUUCAGAUAUACUUACAAUACUCUCUUUUUAUGCACACAAGAUAAUGGUAACAUUUUGACACUCGAGAAGAAUAGACUCGACUGGGCUCAUUCCAACAAUGAAAUUGUAGAUUCUUUGAAACUUCAACUUCGUUUUUCAUAUUACAAAUCUGAUGAAGAAAAGGUGAAUAGUUACAAGAUGGAAUUAGAUUCUACUGUGAAGAGUUGUCCCUAUUAUUUGAAAGGAAAUAAGGUAGCCAUUCGACUUGCACAUGUGACCAAUCAAACACAUCGAAGAAAUAUGAAGAGUCUUUUGAACGAACUCGAAGUUUUCUCACUCAAUAAGGAAACACUCUUAAAGAAGGUUGACACAAAGUCUCCACACAAGAGAAGUUUCUACGAGGUGGAUAUGGACAACAACUUGUCAAACAUUUUUGAUGACUUGUGCAUUAGUACCAAUAAUACAAGCUCUCAUCAUAACAACUUGUUUAUUAACACCACCAAAUUAACACCACUGCGACCCUCCUCUCGAAUUGCAACACCUGAUACAAGUGCUAAAAAGAAGAUGCUUCUUUCACCCGUCACUCGCCGUGGAAGUGGCAAGAAAGGAACAACACCCUCUUCAAAACGAUUGCUCUCUCCACUGGUCAAAGAACAACAAUUACUUCAUUUCACACCUCCUUCACAGCAACCAGCAAAUAACAGCAAUAAGGAGAAUGAAAAUAAUGGAAAUCUCUUGUUAGAUUUUAGUGAUCCUGUCUUUGAUGAAUUAUUGAUGAAAUCGAACAAUGUUCCUCCACCACCUCCUCUUCCAUUCACAAAGCCAUCAGCAUCAAAUAUUCCUCCACCACCACCAAUGAUGGGAAAUAUUCCUCCACCUCCACCAGUGUUGAAGUCUAUCGACAUGAAUAUUCCACCUCCACCACCUGGAAUGUUUAUUCCACAAAAGAAGAAUUCCACUUCCACUUUUAUUCAAAAGGAAGAAGAUAAUAAUAUCAAAAAGUUGCAUUGGCAACCAAUUAAGGUUAUUAAUGCCAACUCUGUUUGGUCAAACACAAGUAUCGAUGAGAUUAAGCUUGAUUUGAGUGAUUUCCAAAAGAUGUUUGCAAAAGAAGAUGCCACAACCACUUCAACAAAGUUAGCACCAAAAACUCCUUCUGCCGCCCAGAAUGUGACAUCUUCUGUGUUGGAUAUGGGAACUAACAGAAAUGUUGAAAUUAUUUUGAACAGUCUCAAGACAUUGACCAAUCAACAAAUUAUGGAAUUGAUCAAUAUUUUGGAUACGAGCGUUCUCACAGCUCAACACGUUGAAAACUUGAAGCGUCUAUGCACGGUUGCGUUCAGUUUGGCGAGCAAGAAGAAGGAACUCGAAUCAAAAAGUGAAUUGUUGAGAACCGAACAAUUUUUACUUGAUUUGUUAAAUGUCAAGAAUGUUGAAGCUAAACUGAAUGUCAUUGGCUACAUGCACAAUUUAGAUUCAUUUGUGGACUCUCUCACAACAAAGAUUAAGAGAAAACAAGAAGCUAUUAGAGUUGUUCGUACCUCUACUUCCUUUGCUAAAGUUCUCAAAUAUGUUCUCACCGUUGGAAACUACAUGAACAGAGGAAAGAAGCAAUUAGAAGCCAAUGGUUUCCAUAUUUCUAUUCUUCCAAAAUUAGUUGACACCAAAUCUACUGCUGCUAAGGAUGUCACACUCAUGCAUUAUUUGGUUGGCCUUUUAGAAAAGGACGACUUGGAUGUUUAUAGUUUUGAGAAGGAGUUGGAAAAUUGUGGAGCAUGUACUUUUGGUGUGUCAAUAACUAUCGAAGCAAUUGAUACUUUAUUUAGAGAGUACAAACAAAUUCAUAACCAAAUCAAUUAUCUUCACGAAGCAUGUACCUCUGAUGAAAGAGAAUUAUAUCGAACUCGAUUGCACACAUUCCACGCAAAUUGUUCUCCACUUUUGGCCACAGUGUCUCAAAUGUAUGAAAGUUUAAAGCAUAAGUAUUUGGAAUGUUGUGAAUAUUUCCACUUUACUCCAAGCAACAAAGUUGUAAAGACUGAAGAAGAUGAAUUCUUUUCAUACAUUAAGGAGUUUACGACUCAUUACAAGAAAGCCAAGAAGGACAUCGAACAAAAAAAGAUGAUGGAAACGAAAGCAGCUCUCCAACAAACAAAUUCCUUAGCUCAAACCAUCAAGAAGAGAAAGAUGGGUGGUGAAUCAACAACAAUGAACAAUGAGCAAGAAGUUGUGUAA